AUGCGCUCUCUCACGCGAAAGGGUCUAGGAUUAGAAGGGCUCCUCUACUAUCAGUGCCACAAAGCGACUGCGGACCUGUUUGGCUCAGCCGACGCUGCGGCCAUCUACCAGCGCAUCGGCGCGACCAUCACUUUCGCCUCGCCCCUCGGCGCCGCCGUGUGCACGCGCUUGCGCGAUGGCGCCUAUGCGCAGCACGCAGCGGCGCUGACCGAGCUGUGCGCGCCGCCCGCCGCGCUGGAGCAGCUGCUGGCCUCCAAGGCGGUGACGCUGCCGCUGCUGCUGCACAUCGCGCCGGAGGGAACGCCCGACCCGACUCCGCUGCUGUACGACGGCGCAUUCUGCGCGCUCGGGAGCUGCGCGGCGCUCGCGUGCGCGUGCAACGGCGCCGCCUUUGCGCUGCCUCGGCCUUACGGGGGCUCCCGUAGGGAGAUCUGCCGCAGAUGA